CCCAACAGAAACGGCUGUGUCGCUGCCAUGUGCCUCCUCAGUCCCAUUCACCCCAUGGGACUCUGCGGACCCUGCUCUGCUAGGUAUCCCCGGUCACCCCAAUCCUGCUAACCCUCGUGUGAAAGGAGCUGAGGUGACCAUUAAGAGUCAGCAAGAAAGAAGACAGAGGCUGCCCGUGGAGGACAUGGGCAGGACUGACCAACAACCUGGCCAACACACAUCGACAGCAGAGGGAUCCCUAAAACUUUCUACAGAAGACAAGGCCACUACGGCCAUUUGUCCUCCCACCACCGCAGUCUAUUAUCUGCAACACACAGGUCACCGCCCAUUGCACACUCAGGACCUGCAGAUCCUUCUGAGACAACUGUUUAUGGGUCACUGUCCUUGGGUCUGAGGUGAGGUUGAUGACGGCAGACACAGCGGACAGGUCCCCCUCACCAAUCCUCACUCAACUGGGCCCUUUCUAGCCUCUGCAGCCACGUGUCACUUUUUUGCAGUGAGCGAAUCUCAUCUUCCUAGCAUAUUUCAAACAGAGAAGACUGAACGCCAAACUGGGUUUCUGUGUCACAAAGGAAACACGUCCCUGUAUUUGGGGUCCCCAGAUGCUCCCUGUGGUGUUGACAGCCCCAAGGUCAAGAUACCCCCCGAGUACACAGGGCCUAGAUUACCAAAAGGGCACACACAGGAAAGGGAAAAGGGACAGGAGGCAGCACUGAGAAGGGAGGAGACAGAGAGGUGCCCUGGACAGAGACACUGUCACCCCCAGCUGACCGUGACCCUGGGAAAUGGUCCUGCCCAGGGGAGGAGGCUCAGCUCAGUGGGAGGAAGAACAGCAGACCCAACACGCCUCAGCAGUCCUGCUUGAGAGCUCUUCUAGAGGCAAAGCUCUUCUCCAUAUAGGAAGGACAGAGCAAGCAACAGAGACCAUGAAACCAUCUUCUGGCCUCCCCAGCGGAAGGCUCAUCCCCUGGCAGGGGCUCCUGCUCACAGCCUCACUUUUAACCUUCUGGAACCCACCCACUUCUGCCCAACUCACUGUUGAAACCAUGCCCUCCAUCGUGGCUGAAGACAGUAAUGUUCUUCUACUUGUCCACAAUCUUCCAGAGAAUCUUCGACUCUAUCGCUGGUACAAAGGAGCAAAUAUAUUCAAGAGCCAUAGAAUUGCAGUAUAUGAGACAUCCACUCAAGCAGUUAGACCAGGUUCUGCAUAUAGUGGUCGAGAAACAAUCUACCCAAAUGGGUCUCUGCUGCUCCAGAACGUCAGGCAGGAAGACAUGGGCCUGUAUACCCUGAUAACUGUAAAUACAUCUCGUCAGACGCAACAGGCAUCUGGACAAGUCCAAGUAUACCCGAUGCUACCCAAACCCUCCAUCACAAGCAACAACUCCAACCCAGUGGAAGGACAGGACUCUGUAGAGCUAAUGUGUGAACCUGAGAUCCAGAACACGACCUACCUGUGGUGGAGAAACGGUCAGAAGUUCCUAGGCAGUAACAGGCUGAGGCUGUCGAAGGGCAACACAGCUCUCACUUUACUCCGUGUCACAAGGAACGACACAGGACCUUAUGAGUGUGGAACCUGGAACCCACUGAGUGCCAACCAGAGUGACCCAGUGACCCUGAACAUCCUCUAUGGACCGGAUACCCCCCUCAUAUUGCCCACAGAUUCAUAUUUCCGUUCAGGAACAAACCUCAGUCUCUCGUGCCACGCAGUCUCUAAGCCACCUGCAAAAUUUACCUGGCUUUUCAAUGGAAGGAUCUUGAGAUCUACACAGCAGUUUGUUAUCCCCAAAAUCAGCGCAAGAAAUACUGGAUACUAUACCUGCCUUGUCCAUAAUUUUGCCACUCACCUGAGUGGGACCAUAGUCAAGAAUAUCACAGUCUUUGCCCAGCUGAGCCAGGACAUCUUCAUGGCUGCUCUUGUCCUAGAAGACAGGUUCCGGUUUCGGCAUUCCUGCCUAGAGCGCCCUCUGCUCUCUGCUCCACGAUCUCAAACAAGGGGAACAGAGCAGGCAGCAGAGAUCAUGGAGCCCCCCUCAGCGCCUCCCCACAGAAGGCACAUCCCCUGGCUGGGGCUACUGCUCACAGUUUCUCUCUCCCUCCUAGCCUCAGUUUUAAUCUUCUGGAACCCACCCAUCACUGCCCAAGUGACUAUUGAAGCAGUGCCCUUCGAUGCUACGGAAGGGAAGGACGUCCUUCUACUUGUCCACAAUCUGCCAGGGAACAUUUCGGGCUAUGACUGGUUCAAAGGAAAAAUAGUUUACAAUAGACCUGCAAUUGCUACAUACCUGAUAGAGCCUCAGAUAACUCUCCCUGGGCCUGCAUACAGCCAUCGAGAGACAGUCUACCCCAAUGGAUCCCUGCUGAUCCAGAAGGUCACCCAGAAGGACGCAGGAGUCUACACCCUAUUAAUCGUACAUACAGACUUUCUGACUCAGAAAGCAUCUGGACAGUUCCAUGUACACAGUGAGUGAUUCUCUGUGACCUGUGAGCGUGGGAUGGGUUAGUUCCACGUCACACGCGAGGACGGCCUGGGCUAGACCAUGGCUCCCUUCCACUCCGCAUCAUGUCCACAAGUUGAGGUCUGAGAAUCUAGUGCGCAAUAUGCUUUAAAAGAGACACACUUAGGGCUGGGGAUUUAGCUCGGUGGCUUCGUGUCUGCUUUGCAAGCACAAGGUCCUGAGUUUCAUCUGCAGUACCAAAAGUAAAAUAAAAGAAACACUUCAAAAGAUCAGAGCUACCCUCACCGAAUCCAGACCCUG